UUACUUUAACCACUUGGUUGAUGGUUAGUGCCAUCAGCUUAAUGCUUUUAACUGCCGUAUAAAUAUUGCUGCGCAGUCAGCAUUUUUAGCUUACUACGGUUUUUAAACUUUCCAUCAUUUAUUUAGCGGUAAAAGUGCGCUAGUUUAAGGAUCACUAAAAUGGCUGCUACCAACCCGCUGCUGGUUUUGAUUUUCGCCAUUGCUGUUGAAGUUGCUUUGGCUUGUAAUGGUUACAAGGCAAGAAUUGUUAAAAUCGAAAACUGUGCCGGCCCAGAUGCCGUUAUUACGCUGGACGACAACUUUUCGGUGAAACUCAAUAAGAAAUGUGAAAUAGUCCCCACGGGCUGUGUCGCGAAUAAAGCUUUCAGUACAGCUAAUUCCAAAUAUAAGCUACAAAAGGAUGGCAUUGUCCUGAAGGAGGGGAAAUUUGAUUUGUGCGCUGCAGCUGAACACGUUUCGAAUGAGGCAAAAGAUAUGCUGAAACUCUUUGGCGCACCAGCCAGUUGCCCAGUGGCAGAGGAGAAAAUCUGUGCUAACGAUCAUCGCGUGGACUUGUCCAAAUAUAAAGCAAUGUUGAGCAUGGCCAAGGGCAAUAUUAUCCUAGAUUCGGAUAUUACUCACGAUACGGGUAAAUCAUGCUUCCACGUUGAGCUCGAGAUCUCAAAGAGUUAAAGCAGCUAUUGCAUCAAAGUAAAAAAUAAAUAAAUAAAAUCAUCGCGCUUAUGUGAUGUGUA